AUGUCGAAUGAAGAUUAUUACUAGUUACCUGAGAUAAAUUUGGACCUUUAGGAUUAUGAAAUCAGUCUAUUGAUUAGAGAAUGUUUUAUAAAGAAAUUUGAUUUUGAAGAAAUCAAAUGUAGGUUUGAUAAUGAUUCAGACAUAAAACAGAAAUUGAAAUAUAUGAUUCCGAUUCAUUAAUCAUUUGAUUAUUACUAUUAUUUGAUAAAGACUAUCAGUGAGUCUGACAAUCCAUCUUAGGAUAAAAAGAAAUACUUAGAAUACAUAGUGCGAUCUCAGAGUCUUCAGAAUAUUAUCUCAGAAAGAUGCUAUUUAUUAAUAACUUAAGCUAACUCAAUUGAUAAUUUAGAGUAUUAAAUUGAAUAACUCUUUUAAAUAUUCUUUCUCCUCAAAGAUAUUGAUAUAAAUAUUCUACAAAAGUCUAAUAUUUCUCUAAUAUUCACUUUACAAAAGAUUAUUGAAAUUAAUUAUCGUGACUAUAACUUUAAAGAACUAUUUUAAAAAUUUGAUGAUUUUCUAAAUUUAAUAUUUAAAAGCACAUAAGUAUAAUAAUAUAAAACUAUUCCAGCCUAUCCCUAACCUUUAGAAUGCUUAUAAUAUCUAAAUGAAAACAAUUAAAUUUUUGGAUAAACUAUUGAAGAUUAUUAAGACUCAGCAACUUAUUUGGACUAUCUAUUCAACUUUUUAAGAGAAGACUACAUUUAUUAUAUCAGAUAACAAAUUAAUUAUUUAUCUGAAAAGGGAUUUAUUAAACGUAUUGAUAGAAGAUAUCUUCCUAAUAUAGAUCUAUAUCAGGACAUCAAAUUAAUAUAAUUUGAGAUAAAUAAUCUUAACAUUAAAUGGAAAAUAUCUUUGAAAUAAUUUCACUUAGAUAAAAGGACAAUAGUCGACUAAAUAGACUGGAAUUAUUCAAAUAAACUAUAGAUAGGUUCUCUGAUUUGUAUUACAAAUAUUGAAUGCCAUCCAUUGCUUUUUGGCUUAAUCAUCAAUAGAAGUAAACAAUAAGAUGAUUAUGAAAUAUCAAACAGAAUUGAUUUAGAAUUUCGAUUUUUAGGCCCUAAAUCUUAAAUAAUGGAAUUCUUAAACUUACUUUCUUAAUAAACUAUUUUAAUGGAUUGUAGGACAUCAGCAUAAGUUGAAGCUUAAAUUUAUAAUUUAGAAUCAAUCAAGAAAAUGCAUUAUUUGCCUAAGACAAAUUUAAUACUUUAGAGUUUAUAAACACCAUUUUACUAUAAAAAUUACUUAUUGUCCAAAUGCUUUCCUUAAUUACUAUCAACUUGUGAUGCUGAAUAGGAGAAAGCCAUGCAAUUAAUUCUUUUUGAAAAAGUUGCCUUCAUCUAAGGACUUCCAGGAACCGGAAAAACUUACUUGGCUACUAGGGCUGUAAGCAUCUUAAAUCAGAAAUUAUCGUAAAUUGAUAAACCUAUUCUGAUAGUUUGCUAAAAUAAUCAUACCUUAGAUUAUUUCUUAGAGAGUCUACUUUAAUUUAUUCCAGCUGAUCAAAUAGUUAGGCUAGGAGGAAAUUCUAAAUCUGCUAAAAUUAAUUCCUAUAUGUUCUAAAGCAGAUCAAAUCUUGACUUUGAUUAGGAAGAAUUUAAAGAACUUAAAUACUAAUUAAAGACAAUUUUUAAUAGAUUAAUUUAAUAUGAAUAUACUAUCAAUGCUCAGGAUAUUACUAGAUUUUGGCUUGAACUAAGAGAUAAACUUAUAAAUGAUUUUCGUAAGGAAAGGGAUUUGAAUAUUUCAUAAGUUGAUGAGCUCCUAAAUUUUUGGAUUAAUGUAAAAUCCUUAGAUGAUGAUCAAAUUCUUUUUUAUCAAAGUCAAAUUUUUGGUGACCAUGCUAUACUUCAAAAUGAAAAAAUUACUAAAUAAAUUUAGUUAAAUAAUGUUUUUGGUACACAGCAUAUGUAAUUAAAUAACCAAUAAGAUUAAGACCAAUAAUAAUCAAAUCAAAAUGAAGAACCUCUUCCACCUAUAGAAUAGUUUAAUUAGCAGAACUAAAAUCACUCAAAUUUACACUAUAAUUUUAUAGGAAUUGAAAUGAUUCAGUAAUGUUUGUAAGACAAUACAUUCAAUAUUUGGUAACUUAACCAUAAAGAUUUAUGUGAGAUAAUUAAAUAUUUAAAGUAUCUCAAAUAUCAAGAAGAUUGUCUUUUAUUUGAAAAAACAUACAAAAAAUUUAAAAAGGUAUCCUAAACUUUAUAAAAUCUUGAAGCUAGUAAUGAUUUAUAUAAAUUGAAUAAAUAUUAGGUGAUCGGAGUAACUGUCACUGAUGCAGCAUACUAUUCUCAUAUAUUAAAAUAAUUGAAUUCAAAAGUAUUGGUUGUUGAAGAAGCUGAACAAAUCUUAUUAUCUAAUUUAGUAACUAUUUUGACAAAUAAUUUCGAAUAUGUUGUUUUAUUUGGAGAUUAUUUCAACUUAGAGGAAUAAUUUUAGAAUUAUGAUUAAACAAAUUUCUACUUUUUAAAAAAUAUAUAAAAUCAAUAAAUUCCAUCUGUUGUUUUAUCAACUUAAAGGAGAAUGAAACCUAAUAUUGCUGAUUUUUUGAAAAGAAUCUACCAGUAAAAUAUUAAAGAUCAUUAAGAUAUUCAUGAAACCACAAAUAAAAAGGAAGUUAAGGGUUUAGAUUCUGAUUUUUUUAUUUUUGAUAAUCAACAAUUAGAUUUAGAUUUAGAUAUAAAAUAAAAUGUUUAAGAAGCUGAAAUGAUUGUUUAAAUGGUUUAAUAUCUUAUUUAAGCAGGAAACAAAGUGUCUUAAAUUACUGUAUUAUCACAAUACUAAUAGUAAGUAGAAUUAAUAAAGGAGAAAUUUAGGAAUGAGAACUAAACUUAGGUUAGGGUAGAGUCAGUUGAUGAUUAUUUAGGAUAAGAGAAUGAUAUUGUAAUAAUUUCAUUAGUUAUUUUAAAUAAUCAUAAAAAAUUAUUUAAAAGAAAAUACCAAAAUAGAAUUAAAACUGCGUUUUCAAGAGCAAAAUUAGGUCUUUAUGUAUUCGGUUAUUUUGAUUAUUAUUCAAGAUAGAGUACUUUAUAUGAUUCUUUUUUUUCUAAAUUUAUAACUUAGCUAUAUGAUGAAGACUACCUCACACAUUUUAUCCCUCUGAAAUGUCAUAUUCAUGGUACAGUAAAGUAGAUAUAGCAAUCAAGCUACUUCUUAAAUAUUAAUGGAGGCUGCUUUUGUAAUAAUCACACUUGCAAGAAAUAAUAUCUUCCAGGAACUCAAAAUCAAAAUGAUUGCCAAGAAAUGUGUGAAAAAAUACUUAAAUGCAGACAUAAAUGUUAAUAAAGGUGCCAAGCUUAGUGUAUCUGCACUUUUACUUACUAUGAAAUUUUACCUGAAUGUAAUCAUACGGUUUUAAUUCAAUGCGGAUAAGAUCUCGCCGAUGUGAUUUGCUAAGAGGAUGUAGAAAUAUAUUUUCAUUCAUCAUGUAAGCACACAAAUAAAUUCAAAUGUUAUGAAAUAAAUAGCGCUUAUUAGGAAUGUUAACAUAAUUGUGAUAAGGUUCUUCCGUGUGGCCAUACUUGUAAGAAAAAAUGCAGGGAACGUUGUUAUCCUUGUGAGUAGAAAUGUAUAAAAAGUAUGACUUGUGGACAUAGGGAUUAAUGUAAAAAUUUAUGCUAUCAAAAAUGUUCUCCUUGCGCUUAUAAUAUUACCAUUUAACUUCAUUGUGGAAUGCAUAGUAUUUAAAAGAAAUGCUUUGAAAUAAAAAAUCAUAUAAUUAAUGAUCUAAAAAUGCCCCCUACCUUUCUAAAUUCUAGGAUUGGCAUGGAAUUGGUAUUUCGAAUCUCAGAAAAUUUAGCUAAAGGCCUGAUAAAAGAUGUUAAGAAUUUUCAAUAAAUACAAGACUUUUAAUGCAAAUAUCCUUGUUCAAGACCUAGGAAAUGUGGUCAUCAGUUUUAAUGCAAUAAUUAUUGUUAUUAGGAAUGUACUCCAUGUGAGUAUGAGAUUCUUCUCACUUUAAAAUGUGGUCAUCAAUAUUAAUAUUAGUGUGAAGAUGUAAAAGUUGCCUUGAAAGAACUGCUACCAAUUGAAGAGUAUGAAAAUUUAUGUUAAAGUGAGCAUGAAAAAAUAUUGUAACUCUUUGAAAACUGUAUUUAAUGCUCAAAACCAUGUGAUAAAAUAAGAGCAUGCGAACAUUAUUUUCCGUGUUCUAAUUCCUGUUCCUAACCUUGUAUUCCUUGUUAAGUUGAAAUAACAAUAACCUUACCUUGUGGUCAUUUAAGGCUUGUUAAAUGUCAUACAGUAUAAACUUCAUCUACAGGCAUAGUAAAAUAUGAUGAUGAAUAAGCUUGCGAAAAUUGUUCUAUUAUUUAUUGA